CCCUCUCCUCUCUCCCUCUUCAGACUAUAACGUGACUCUGAUUAAAGUGAGGAAUCACAACUAGAAUAUUUGUUUCAGGUUCAAUUGUAAUAUUAAUAAGUUGUGUUCAUCUUGCUGCCAAGUAGACAGAACCACAUCUGGAAUUUUUCAAAGAUACAUUUCUAAUCUGAAUGAGUUUUUUUGCUUCUUACUGCCUUUCACAUCGCACCAUGUCACACUGCACAGGUUUAGCUAUAGUCAGUAAAUUUGAAACAGCCUGAAACCUGGUCGACAAGGCAGGUAGAAUCAGGUCCAGAACCCUUUUGAAAACCAGCUGGACUGAAACUUUUUUAAAUGGGUCAAAUUUAUGUUAAAAACAAAACAGCUUAUAGUUAGGAGCCAGUUAAACAAAGCACUGCCAACACUUAAAAAAAACAAACAUAUUUUAAGACAAAACGACAAAGUUUGGUAGAAAUCCACUCAGCGAGUCUCUAUGGUUAAAUGUAUUAUUUUUUUUAUUUAUGGAAGUGAAUUGGAUUUAGCAGACUGCUCCCUGGAACUGCUUUGUGAAACCAGCCCCAGGAGAUGGAAAUGUUACCAAGAGACUUCAGCCUAAAGCAAAUACUAAGCUGAUACGUGUGUGGUGCUGGGUUCCGGUUGUCAGCGAGACAGGAAAUGGAAAUGCAUGUAUAUCUGUCUUGAGCUGCACCACAGAUGCACAAAACACGUUCCGUUCCAUCAGCAGAGAGCAGAGAACCUUCCCCGUCAGCAAAGGGAAAUACCAGAACUACUCUGAGAUGGAGCGGGCAGCAGCAGUGGUACUGACUGUGCUACUUCUCAGAGGAUUUGAGUGCAGCAGUGAGGCCAGCCCUGGUGUGCACUGCCUCAUCCAUGACGAGGACUACACUGAGUGCACCUGGAAGGAGACCGGCAGACCAGACCGCAACUACACCUUCCAGAGCAGGUACAGGACAGGCGCUGAGUAUGCAGAGUGCCCGAGUUACACCCAGGUGGAGGGCUACAAUGUGGGCUGCAGACUGGAGUACAGCUCCAACAUCCGCUUUGCAACUUUCCAAGUGCAGCUGUCCUCAGCCGACAACACAGCCAUCUGGAACAAAGACAUCAACCUGAAGCCAUUAGUGAAGCUGUACUCUCCAGUCAACCUGACCGUGGUCAACAGCCGCAGCAAUGGUCUGUACCUGUACUGGAACACCAGCAUGAGCAAAUCCCAGUGCCUGGAGUCCAUAGUGAGGUAUAGAAGCAGCACGGACUCUGCCUGGCAGAGCUCCCCACCAUUUAUUUCUGUGAGGUAUUUUGACUUGCCCUUUGCCGAUGGUGAGGAGCUGUAUGAGUUCCAAGUGAAGAUCAGGAUGAAUGAGUUCUGUGGCGCCUCUGACUACUGGAGUGACUGGAGCCAGCCUGUGUACUGGGGGAGCAAUGCCACCGCUAAAGGUGUGCACUGCCUCAUCCAUGACGAGGACUACACUGAGUGCACCUGGAAGGAGACCGGCAGACCAGACCACAACUACACCUUCCAGAGCAGGUACAGGACAGGCGCUGAGUAUGCAGAGUGCCCGAGUUACACCCAGGUGGAGGGCUACAAUGUGGGCUGCAGACUGGAGUACAGCUCCAACAUCCGCUUUGCAACUUUCCAAGUGCAGCUGUCCUCAGCCGACAACACAGCCAUCUGGAACAAAGACAUCAACCUGAAGCCAUUAGUGAAGCUGUACUCUCCAGUCAACCUGACCGUGGUCAACAGCAGCAGCAAUGGUCUGUACCUGUACUGGAACACCAGCAUGAGCAAAUCCCAGUGCCUGGAGUCCAUAGUGAGGUAUAGAAGCAGCAUGGACUCUGCCUGGCAGAGCUCCCCACCGUUUAUUUCUGUGAGGUAUUUUAACUUGCCCUUUGCCGAUGGUGAUGAGCUGUAUGAGUUCCAAGUGAAGAUCAGGAUGAAUGAGUUCUGUGGCGCCUCUGACUACUGGAGUGACUGGAGCCAGCCUGUGUACUGGGGGAGCAAUGCCACCGCUAAAGGUGUGCACUGCCUCAUCCAUGAUGAGGACUACACUGAGUGCACCUGGAAGGAGACCGGCAGACCAGACCGCAACUACACCUUCCAGAGCAGGUACAGGUCAGGCGCUGAGUAUGCAGAGUGCCCGAGUUACACCCAGGUGGAGGGCUACAAUGUGGGCUGCAGACUGGAGUACAGCUCCAACAUCCGCUUUGCAACUUUCCAAGUGCAGCUGUCCUCAGCCAACAACACAGCCAUCUGGAACAAAGACAUCAACCUGAAGCCAUUAGUGAAGCUGUACUCUCCAGUCAACCUGACCGUGGUCAACAGCAGCAGCAAUGGUCUGUACCUGUACUGGAACACCAGCAUGAGCAAAUCCCAGUGCCUGGAGUCCAUAGUGAGGUAUAGAAGCAGCACGGACUCUGCCUGGCAGAGCUCCCCACCAUUUAUUUCUGUGAGGUAUUUUAACUUGCCCUUUGCCGAUGGUGAUGAGCUGUAUGAGUUCCAAGUGAAGAUCAGGAUGAAUGAGUUCUGUGGCGCCUCUGACUACUGGAGUGACUGGAGCCAGCCUGUGUACUGGGGGAGCAAUGCCACCGCUAAAGGCAUUAACCGUCGUGACAAGAGCUUCGACCCCUCUGUGGUCAUCUAUCCCAUCGUGGGCUCGGCCGUUCUGUUCAUCCUCGCCUGGUGUCUGAUUCACAAUGAACGGCUGCGCAUCAUCCUGGUGCCGGUCAUCCCCAACCCUGGGAAGAAUUUUGAGGAACUCUUCAACAGCUACGAUGGGAACUUCCAGGAGUGGCUCCAUGUUUCCAAGGACAUCGUGGACGGAUUCAAGCCUAACUUUUCCGAGCCGGUGUGCACAGUGAGGGAGCGGGCGGGGAGCGUGUCUGACAGCUGCGGGGGCCCGGGGGGGUCCGUGAGAUCCAACUGCUCUCUCCUCAUCCCCGGAGACGACCCCGACUGCAUCUCCACCAGCAGCGCCUCAUCCAGCUCCACCCUGCCGGCCCCCCCCUACGAGGUGUAACCAGGGCCCCCCAACUGGCCAACACAGCCCCCUGGGGAAGGGUGGACUGCUGCUCAACCAUUCACACAUGCGUGCCUCAUUCACCUCGCUGUUUCACUUCUCUUCAGUACUCACCUCACGCGGUUUAGGAAUUUCUGCUCAGCUCAGCGGUCUCCUUGUGGCUCAUCUUAGUCACGCAGACAGGGCAUCAAUCUGAGCUGCAGUAGCUUGGCUCAGCCAUGCAUACAGGCUACCAUCUGGUCAUUGCAGAUCAACAAGCCUUACAUGACACGAUGUGUUAGAGGCGCUCAUAUCCCCGUUAGUUUACUUCUCUUCUCAGAUCUCGGGCUGCUCUGACUUCCACAGUUUCUAUUGGUUGUACCGAAAGGUAUUCAGUUUUCAGGAUGAUCCGAAACUUACUGUCUCAGUACCUUUUAAAGGAGUUUGGUUUUAGUAGCUAUUCCUACAUUUAUUUUUUUUUUAUUUUUUAGUAAUUCGAUUAACUUGUUUGUAUUGUCUGUGUUCAUUUGAAUUUGUGUGUUUUAACCUUCUUAACCAGAGCUCCCUUGAAAAAAGAUAUCUUAAUCUCGAUGGGACUUUUCCCCAGGGCCGUGUGUAGUCACAGAGGGAAGAUUGACAUGCCUUUGGAAUGCAGGUGGAGUCUGUGAUGAAACCCGGACUGGAGCGUCCCUCCGGGAUCAGGGCUGAGGAGCUCAGGAGGUGCAAGCCACUGUCCUCACAGUGGUCUACAGCCGCGGUUUGUGUUACUCAGAAAAUGAAGGAAAAGCACUAUAGAGCAUUUCCUUGCUGCUGCAUUAAGACAGCAUUCUGCUCAGCUUAUGAAUAUUAUAUUGUUUGCUGCCAAAAAAUAUAUAUGUUUCUAGGGUUUCAUCUUCUUGUGUGUUUCAUGUGUCAUUCCAAGUAGGGUGUAUGUUGAACGCUGUUAUUAAUUCAGAAUGUGUAGCACUCCAUAUCCUUUGUGCAAAUACACAUAUAUAUUUUUAUAUUUUGUAAAAGCUGCAGAAUCAAAUAAAACAGA